GAAAACAUGAUCUUAUGUGUGCGUAAAUCUAUGCAAGAUAGCCUUAAAUGUGGUGUGUUAUCGGCGUGACGUCCAUCUAGACAAACCGAGAGCUUCGUGAGGAUAAAGCGUUCUCCAGUGUCGACGCCCAGUUGCGUAUAACACCUGGCAGUACCCAAAAUGCAGACAAUAAAAUGUGUUGUAGUAGGAGAUGGGGCAGUUGGUAAAACUUGCUUAUUAAUCUCAUAUACUACAAACAAAUUUCCAUCUGAAUAUGUUCCAACAGUAUUUGAUAAUUAUGCAGUCACCGUCAUGAUUGGCGGUGAGCCAUACACAUUAGGAUUAUUUGAUACUGCAGGUCAAGAAGAUUAUGAUCGUUUGCGUCCACUAAGUUAUCCACAAACUGAUGUAUUUCUUGUGUGUUUCUCAGUUGUAUCACCAUCAUCAUUCGAAAAUGUUAAGGAAAAGUGGGUACCGGAAAUAACGCAUCAUUGUCAGAAGACGCCAUUUUUGUUGGUCGGCACGCAAAUUGAUUUACGAGAUGACGCAGCAACAAUUGAAAAGCUUGCAAAGAAUAAGCAAAAGGCUAUCUCGGGCGAACAAGGAGAAAAGCUUGCUAAGGAACUAAAAGCCGUAAAAUAUGUCGAAUGUAGCGCUCUUACACAGAAAGGAUUGAAGAAUGUUUUUGAUGAAGCAAUACUAGCGGCUCUAGAGCCUCCAGAACCUGUUAGGAGAAGAAGGUGUACCAUUUUGUAGGAGGUCUUUGGUCUUUUUUAUAAAACUGUUAGUCCUACAGUGAUGAAGACUGUAAGUUUUCUCAUACACACUGCAUGCGAGAAAUUUCAUAGUGACAAUUGUUAAAUUUUAAGGCAUAUGGUAAAUAUUUUCUAACGUCGAUGCAUAUAGCGAUAACCUGUGGAUAUGAAACAGUCUUUAUCUCUAUUGAUGGCCAUAUCGAUAUAUAUUCUCAAUAUAAAGCAAAUCGUAUUAAUAUAUUUUAUUAGUUUAAUAUUUCACCACACAUUGCAAUUGAAUAUCUUCUUAGUGAUUUAUAUGCAUUACAUACGAUUCAGUUACAUGUAAUCUCAUUAGAACACAAUUUCAGCUUUUGCAGCAGUGGUUAUACUCAAAGGUAUUGAUAAUGACUGUCUAGUUCAUCGAACAUAAAUGAUAAAAGUACGGUUAUUAUAUAUAUAGCUAAUGUGCUAUAAAAAAAAUGAAAUCUUCUUAAAGAUGAUUAAACUAAUUUAGUUCUGUUUUUAGUUAAGAAUUUUAUUUCAUUAUUCUUAUUUCUCUAUUAUCACAUUAUUAAUUUUUAUCAUUAUUAACACUUAGUGAGACAUAAUCCGUAGAUUCAUAGAUUUAUAUAAUUCGUAAAAAUUAUAUGUAGAGUUAUGUAAAGAUUAUUUUUCAUAAGUUAUUAUAAAAUAUAUAUUCUUGGAUAUGGUGAGAAUAUUCUCGGAGUGUGGUGAGAAACAAAAAGAUCUAUGAAAAUACAUUUAAAGAUUUUUUUUAUUUAGAUAUUAUAAACAUGAAAGUAGAGACUUAUUCAAGACUUGAUAUCUUACAUAUCCUAUUAAAAAUUUCAAAUACUUUUUAAAGUAUUUUAAUUUAAUUAUAUAAUAUAUACUGAAACAAUAACAUAUAACACAUCGCCUUUUCUCUAUCGAAAAAAACAGAAUGAUUUAAAUAUAACGUUGAAAAUAUUGAAUGUUUCUGAUUCCUCUCAGAAGUUUUGUCCAUACAAAGUAAAUCUAUUCUAUAUCGUUUUUUAUCUUCAUUGAUUUUCUAUUGCAAUUUGUCACAGCGACGUUAUAGUGUUAUUCUUGAUAGAGAUCGAAGAUAUAUUAAGGAGUUUUUAUAAAACUCUUGAAGAAUUGAAAAGAUUAGCAAAAUGACGCAUUUCUCAAUAGCUUCUGCUACUAAAAAUCGACUUUCAGACAACUCUUUAUAAUACAUAUGUAAUAAAAGAAAUUUACUGUGCGAUAGAAAGCUAAGAGAAAUCGAGUUAAUUAGGCUAAUUGGUUGCGAUUUGUACCAACGUUACAAAUCAUUUUACACAUAAAAUAUAUAAGUAAAGGGUAAAAAUGAUUAAUUUGAUAAGUGCCAGAGAGAGAGAAUUCUUGUGAGAAUAUCACAUGAUGCGUGUGUGCGUGUGUAUGUGCGUGUAUGUAUUACUAGCCGGGAAGAAUAUUUGUAUAUUUCUAUCAUAAUUGACAUUUUUCUCUUUUGUAUUCGCUGAUAUUUGAGUCACUUUUGAUUCCAGAAUUACAAGAAUAAAGAUAUUUGUAAUAUAA